AUGAUGGCUCCCUUCAGCGGGGGCCCGGAGCGGAUAGUCGUUGCCGUGAGCAAGGACCCGUCGAGCCGCGACGCCAUAAAGUGGGCGGUUCGGAAGAAGAUGAAGCGCGCCGAUGACAUUCUCAUCCUCCUCCACAUCGUCUCCAGGCUUCCCGCUCCAGGCGUGUACGGCUCUGGCGGGGCGGGCGGGGAGAUCUACCAGAGCGAGGUGACGACGGCCGCGUUUGUGGCGUACCUGCGGGACGUGGUGAAGCCCAUGAUGCUGCAGCUCAAGGCGGCUGUCGACCCCAAGCUCAAGGCCGCCGUGGAUCCCAAGGUGAGGCUCUGGGGAUGGAAUGGAGAGCUGAUCACGGAUGCCAUGAUGCAAGGGCUGAAGGCGGCCGUAGUUCCCAAGGUGCAAGCUCGCGUGGAGCUGAAGGUGGGGCGCAGCAACUGGCGCGUGAGGGGCAUUCUGGAGGAGGCCACGCGCCUGCACGCGUCCAUACUCGUCAUCGGCGCGCAGCCCAGCCUGCACAGCGAUUCCUUUGGCACGGGGGCGUAUUUCAUCCGCAACAAGCCGCCACACAUGUCAGUCUACGUCAUUCAGGCGGGCAAGCUGCUGGUCAGCCACGAGGCAGACGGUCAGAUCACCGGCUCCCCUGCUGCUCUCGACGCCGUUGCUCUUGAAGCUGCAGCUGCAGAGGAAGCAGGAGGGGACGGAGGCGGAGGGGGAGGCGGAGGGGGAGGGGGAGGGGGAGGGGGGUUUGCAGACGGAACGGGGGCCCUGUUAGGCAUGUCUCCGGGUCAGUUUGAGGGCGGUGGGCAAAUAUUGGUGGAUCAGCUGCUGGCUGCCGGCCUGCGAUUGGACACGCCGGCUGCUGAGCUGGCGGCGCUGAGGCUGCCUCCUGAAGUGUUGGAGCAACUGCUGGCCGCACAGAUGACAGCUGGCAAGCCAGGGAAGAGCAGUCGGAGGAACAAGAGAGCGGACCCGCACCAGCAACUGCUGCUCCUGCAGCAACAGCUGCAGCUUCAGCACUUGCAGCAGCAGCAGCAGCAGCAGCAGCAGCAGCAGCAGCAGCAGCAGCAGCAGCAGCAGCAGCAGCAGCAGCAGCAGCAGCAGCAGCAGCAGCAGCAGCAGCAGCAGCAGCAGCAGCAGCAGCAGCAGCAGCAGCAGCAGCAGCAGCAGCAGCAGCAGCAGCAGCAGCAGCAGCAGCAGCAGCAGCAGCAGCAGCAGCAGCAGCAGCAAGGGGGGGAGCAGCAACAGCAGGAGGGCGAGAAGAGAAAGUCGCGAUCCAAGUCCAAGGCACGCAAGAGCAGCCGCGACCAGCUUGCUUUGUCGUCGUCAGGCCUUCCUUUCGAGGUGCCGCAGGGCUCACUGGAAGGGACAGGGUUUGACGGCUUGGGGUACAGUCACAGUGGGAGUGACAUUCCCAUAGGCAUCCCCCCUGCCACCAUCGCCAAUGCUAAUGAUACCAACGCUACCAACGCGAAUCGGCUUGGUCAGUUCCUCACUCCGCCUCGCUCCCGUAGUGGUAUGGAUGGCCUGGCGUCCGUCCUCGCUAGAGACAGCCUCACUAGUAGCUCUGGCCCGCUGCCGCGCCUCUCCCCUUCGUUUAAGCCCUCCAGAGGGCGAUAUGAGGGAGGGGGGUAUGAGGGAGGGGGGUACGAGGGAGGGGCGUAUGAGGGAGGAGAGUAUGGAAGCACUGGUACCUCUCCUGCUGCGGGGAGGAGGCUAAAGGCGAGUCGCAGUACUGUUGGCAGGCACAGGAGAGAAAGGAGCGGCGGUGCUGGCAGUGCUGGUGGUGGCGGUGCUGGUGUUGAUUUUGCUGCCAUGGGCGGUGGUGGUGCAUCUGGUGGUGCAGACGCGUCUCGAGGGGCAGGGCGGAAGAGCGCAGCAGCAAUGGAGAUAGAGCAGAUGCGGCUGCAAGCCAAAGAGGCGGAAACAGCAAGACUGCAUGCAGAGAGGCGGCUGCUACAGAUGCGUGUGCAGGCACAGGCAGGACGGGGGGAGGUACCUGCUGAGGCAAGCCCGUGGGGAGGGAGAGGGGAGGAGGGAGCAGGGCAGACUGAGAACGGGAGGGAUGAGGAUGAGGGGCAGGAGAGCGGAGAGGAAGAGGAGGAAGAGGAGGAGGACGAAGAGGAGGAGGAAGAAGGGGAGGAGGAUGACGAGCUACAGAUAGAUAUUUUGAGUGCGGCUGGGAGUGGUGUGGUGCGGUAUACAGAUGGGUCCUCCUCCACCUUUGACCUUAGCUCCCUAUCCCCUUGCUCACUCAACGGCACAGGCUCAAACAGCCGCCCAGCCUCUGCCAAUAGCCGUCCACCCUCUGCCAACAGCCGUGCCCUAACAAAAAAGCUCUCCCAAAAUAGCAACCUUUUCUUUACUGGAGGGUUUGAGGGUACUGCGAGUGAUCUCCAGGUCGACCUUUUGGGCGGCAGCUCGUUGGGUAUGGACAAAGGAGCGGACGGCACAGAGGGCGGGGAGCAGCCAGAUGAUGAUGUGGAUUUCUCUCUUUCCAUCAGGAGUGGUGGCAGCAGUGGGAGUGUGGGUGAGAUUGUUGAGGAGAGGGAGAAGGAGGGGCAAGGGAAGGGAGAGGCGAAGGAGAAAGGAGGGGAGGGAGAAGGGAAGGGUAAAAGAGCUGGAGCUGUGAAGCAUGUGAUUGGUCGAGGGCAGUACCGCGUGUACAGCUAUGAAGAGAUUAAGGUCGCAACUGACAACUUCAACCAGAAGAACCGGCUGGGCGAGGGCGCGUUUGGCACGGUGUAUGGAGGGCGGCUGCACCACACACGCGUGGCGGUGAAGGUGCUUAAAGCCACAGACGUGGUGAAGGCCACCAACGAGUUCCAGCAGGAGGUGGAGGUGCUAAGCCAGAUUCAGCACCCGCACGUGGUGAUGCUCCCCGGCUGCUGCCCGACCCACCACUGCAUCAUCAAUUCACUGUUUCCCGCCGCCUCUCCCCCUCGCCCCCGCCCCUCAGGUGGAGGUGCUAAGCCAGAUUCAGCACCCGCACGUGGUGAUGCUGCUGGGGUGCUGUCCGUCGCACCACUGCAUAGUCCCGCCAACAUCCUUUUAGAUAAGAAUCUCGUCGCGAAACUCGGCGAUGUGGGCCUGGCGAAGCUGAUGCCGGGAACAGGAUCGCAGGUGCACACGCACGCGCAUGAUUCCGUCCCUGUGGGGACUCUCGCUUACGUCGACCCAGAGUUUCAGCGAACCGGGGAUUACGGGCCGAAAUCCGAUGUGUACGCGCUGGGGAUUAUUUUAUUUGAUAUUCUGACGGGGCGCAAGCCGACGACUUAUGAGGAGUUAGAGGAGGCUGUGGAUGAGGGGGAUGAGGAAGCUUUUGGGAAGCUUCUGGAUGAAAAGGGAGGGGAGUGGCCGAUCGGGCUGGCGAUGGAGGUGGCAAGGAUGGCAGUGCGGUGCAGUGAGAUGCGGAGGAAGAAACGGCCAGAUCUGGAGAGAGAGGUGAUGCCCCUGCUGGCGCGGGCGAGGGAUGAAGCGGCAGAGGCUGAGGAAGCUGCCGGGAAGGACAGCGGGCGGUCGGGGGGGAGUAAGGACGUGCCUAAGGGGUUGCUGUGCCCGAUUAACAAGAAAAUAAUGGUGGAGCCGGUGUUAGCAGCGGACGGGUACACCUACGAGAAAGCAGCAAUUCAAAUGUGGCUGGAGAGAGCCGACCUAUCCCCCAUAACCAACGAGCCUAUGCCCCACAAGCACCUGAUGCCGAACCUUGUGGUUCGGGAUUUGAUCGCUGACUGGACCAACAAGAAUGUAAAAAGCGAAGCAUAG